AUAUUGCGAGUGGCCACAGCAACAGCAUCAGCUUCCCGUUCCAGGAAAAAAAACUUUGUUUUGCAAGUAAUAAAUGAAAAAUUGUGCAAAAAUAAACGCAAUACGUGCCAAGAGUAGAUUUUGCUAAAUACUUAUCAAGCCAGGCAACAUUUUCGCUACCAAUUGAUAGCCAAAAGGGAUACACACGCGUCUGGCCCGAGGCUGACUCUGAGUCACAACGAACCAAACCAAAACAAAACAAAGGAAAGCAAAGCGAAGCGAAACAAAGGCAACGAGAACAAUGAACAAGCUGCCAGGUGCUAACUUGGAGUUUGUGCGCGAAGAUGAUUUCGUCGAGUACUACAUAUUUCCCAAGCUAAGCGAUGGGGGCGAUGAGGAGCAAGUGCGUCAGCAGCUAGAGCUAGUCCGUGUCGAAUGCCUGGCCAUUGUGGAGAAGAAGAUAAGCGAUCGUUGUUAUAUUUGGCACAAGGAUGAAUUUCAGCUGCUGACACGCACGGGCAGCGCCGAAGAAUGUUUGCUAAACGAGGAAGACAACAACAAGCAGGAGGAAGAGGAGACGGAGACGUAUGGUGCCCUGCCACCCCAUUUACAUGGCGUGACACACUACGGCGACAACAUCGGGGACGAGUGGUUCAUUGUCUAUUUGUUGGGCGAACUGACCCGCUCCCGGCCAGAUUGCAUUGUGCGCGUCAGCGAUGCUGAUGGCGAAUUUCUACUCAUCGAGGCUGCAGAUGUGUUGCCCGACUGGGCCAGUCCAGAGACCUGUGAGCAGCGCGUCUACAUCGUCAAUGGGGGUCUGCAGCUGGUGCAGAAUUCAGCGACCACCAGCGAAAGCGAGAGCAAGCGCAUGCCUAUUUCCAGCGCUGUGCAACGCAUCCGCCUCAAUCCCACGCUUUUUCGCUGCUCUCGCGAUAUACAAAAUUGCAUUGAUUCGCGUUUGCAGGAGUUUCUGGCGGCAAAGCCGCAUGCAUCCAUUCAUCGUCAGAUUGUGCAGUUGCCACAGAAUGCGGCCCAGUUGCUCAAGCAGCGACCCGGUCUGGUGGCAUCGGCUGUGCGCGCCUUCUGCGAUCGCGACUCAUUGGACACAAAGGCAUUGCGUACGAUGCGCUAUUUUCCGCCGGAGUCGCCGCGCAAGCGCACAAAUGUCGCCUUCACUCGUUGUCUGUAUGCAAUGCUAAUGCACAACCAGUAUACGCCGGAACGGCGUCUUGGCUGGCAGCUGACGGACGCUGUGGCCCAACCGGAGGCCCACAAGGAACAGCUGCUGGGCGUUAAGCUUGCCAGCGGUCUAGAGAUACUGGCCAGUCAGGCGAAGCGUGCGGGCGACGAGGCGGAUGAAAAGUCAACAGCCUGGCGUGCCUAUUUGCGUAGUCUGCAAUCGAAGGGCUACUUCCGGGACAACGUUGAGGGCAGUGCCGAGUAUGUGCGCCUGCUGGCAACUGCCAAGGAGUACUUCAAGUCUAAUCAGACACGUUUUCGCACUGCGCCGCUGGUGGGAGCCGAGAUCGUCGAUCUACUGCUCCACACGGGCGAAAGCAGCGCCGCGGAACAGUUGCGCGAUGAGGAGAACAAUCUGCUGCCUAGCGAUGCAGAUGAUUGGCUGAACAUCAGUGCCGAGGACCUGGAUGCCAUGCUGCAGCAACGUUAUGGACCCCAAAAGCUAUACAAUCCCAAUGGCGAUAUGAAUGCCGCUGAAUUCACGAAGCAUCUCUCGCAAUUCUUGGACCAACAGUCCAAUUUUGAGGGCAUUGAAAUGCCGGGCGAAGCCGGCAACGAUGAGCUGGACUCGGACGAUGAUGAGCCGCCACCGCCGCCGAAGUCGAAGUCAGCAUCGAGUGCUUCGAGCAGCCAUGCAGCCAAGGUGAAGAAGAGCGCCUCGAUGCGGAAGGCUUGUCAGCGCAACUCCCUCAUCCAGUCGGAUGAACAGGACAGCACUCAUGUACGCAACUUUCUGGACUUUGUAAUACCCGAGGACAACUGGGACUCCAAUUCCGAUAUGAGUGACUACGCGGAUGAGGACGAUUUGCAACGCAAUUUCGAUGCGUUGUCCAGCGCCAGUGCCAGUGGCGGCGAUGAUAAUUAUCGCUUGGAUCGCAACAUCAAGGCGUACAUGGAGCAAAUGGAUCGCGAGCUAGCACAGACCACGGUUGGCAAAUCCUUCCACGGCAAGAGUGGGACUAGCAACAACACCUCGCCUCACCACGCGGCCGAGGAUGACUUCGAUGACAUCGAGGACUUUGAGCCGAUCAACAUUAAUGUGAACACGCUGCGCAAUAUGAUGGACAGCUACAAGUCACAGAUGGGCGGCGCCGGACCCGUCUCCAAUCUAUUCAAUGCCAUGGGCGUCGGCAUGUCCACAGCGCCAGCCGCCGAUGAUAAGCCCAAGGAUCUCUCCGAGUCGGCUGUCUAGGAGCAAAACACAUCAGCUACAAAUUAAGAAUACAGUCAACAUUUUAUGCAUUCAACUCGAAAUAUACACCUAAAAAUAUA